CGCCUCAGCGCAGUUUGCUUCGGCACGGUGGAUGAGUUCGCACCGAAUUCUAGAUCAGGUCCCCAUCCCAUGUCUAAAUUUGUACUCUGAGCGGAUUUUAGCAUUCUUCCACUUUGGAGUUCCUGCGUGCGCCUCUCUCUUCCUUGCUUAUAAAGAGAACUGCCAGGAGGUUGGCACGCCACGCUGGUUGUGUGAUUGGGCGGGAUAGUUUCGGAGCAUCUGUCACGGAACAGUGACUUUGUUGCCUGGAGGUGCGAGGUUUGAGAGUCGAGAAGAGGUGCAAAUCCAGAGACAAGGGAGUCGAGUUUGAGAGAGUUUGCGAGAAUUUGAAAGCGAGAGAGAGAGGAGAGUUUGGGAAUUGAUCGGAGAUGUCUGAGAGCAGGAGCGAUGAUGGCAGAGCCGUGGCUCGGCGCACGGGCGUCCUAGCCAGGCAUCUGGCGCAGGAAUUAAGCCCCGUUUCGUUCUUUCAACCUUCUCCAUGCCUGGCGUAUCAACCCCCCGAACUUCAUUGCGAUAAGUCCAGCUUCGACAAAUCAGUGAUGCGGGAGCUUUUGGAUGGGCACCACGUUGCCCUUCGCGACUCCUUUGCGAACCUGAUGAUAAGCAGCGACUUGUUCGUUAACAAACGAGUUGGUAACCUAACGUUUGCCACGCCUAACUUCAACACGACGAUGGAAGAGCAUAGAGACAAAACCUUGGAUCGCAUUCUCUUCUUUCGUAGCAAGGGGGUGUUCAAGGGCUGGCUGACGGAUUCUUCCGUUGACCACGCCUUGAAACGAGCUGCUCUGUUUGAAACUCUUGGUACCUUUGAUCACUCGCUGGCCAUCAAGCUUGGCGUUCACAUCCACUUGUGGGGAGGCGCCAUUCAGUACUUGGGAACCAAGCGUCAUCAUGACAAAUGGCUGAAAAUUACCGAGGAUUACCAGGUUCGAGGAUGCUUUGCAAUGAGCGAGCUCGGCCAUGGCAGUAAUGUGCGAGGCAUUGAAACUGUUACUACCUAUGAUCCUUCUACAGAGGAGUUUAUCAUCGACACUCCUUGCGAAUCUGCUCAGAAGUACUGGAUUGGAGGAGCUGCGCAGCAUGCUACCCAUACGAUCGUCUUCUCGCAACUUUUGAUCGAUGGGAAGAACGAAGGCGUUCAUGCUUUUGUUUGUCAGUUACGGGAUCAAUAUGGCCAUGUUAUGCCUGGGAUACGCAUCGCCGAUUGUGGUCACAAAAUUGGUUUGAAUGGCGUGGACAAUGGUCGUAUUUGGUUUGACAAAGUGAGAGUACCCCGUGAGAAUCUGCUCAAUGCAGUAGCAGAUGUAACCCCAGAUGGAAAAUAUGAAAGCGCAAUCAAAGACCCUGACCAGAGGUUCGGUGCUUUUAUGGCUCCUUUGACAUCAGGGCGCGUGACGAUUGCCGUGAGCGCUAUUUACCAAGCAAAGGUGGGCUUAACAACAGCUAUCCGGUAUGCUUUGACAAGGCGUGCUUUUUCGUUGGCUCCAGAACAGCCGGAGGUCCUUCUCUUGGACUACCCUAGCCACCGACAUCGAUUGCUUCCUCUUCUGGCCAAAACAUAUGCAAUGAGCUUUGCUGCUGUGGAUUUGAAGAACCUGUACGUGAGACGGACACCUGCGGACUCGAAGGUUAUUCAUGUCUUGUCAAGCGGUCUCAAAGCAGUUUUCUCGUGGCACAAUCUUCGCACUCUUCAGGAAUGCCGAGAGGCAUGCGGAGGCCAGGGUUUGAAGACUGAUAACCGGGUGGGGCAGCUAAAAGCUGAGUAUGAUGUUCAAUUGACGUUCGAAGGUGACAACAAUGUGCUAAUGCAGCAGGUCAGCAAGGCGCUGUUGGCUGAUUAUAUGUCUGCUAAAAAGAGAGGGAAGCCCAUGAAGGGAAUGGGGUUGGAACACAUAAAUGGUCCAGCACUGGUUAUACCUGAAGACCUUACCAGAAGUGUUCUUCGUGACUCCAAAUUUCAGUUGGCACUUUUCCAGCUGAGGGAGCGGGGAUUGUUAGAGCUUCUAUCCUCGCAAGUUUCAUCUCUUGUAUCAAAGGGAGUUUCCAUGGCUGAUGCAGUCAUUUCGAGUUAUCAAUUAGCUGAGGAUUUGGGCCAAGCAUUCUCGGAACGCUCAAUCCUGGAGAGCGUCUUGAGAGCAGAGCAACAGACUACAGGCUCAACGAAGGAGGUGCUUGGUUUGUUAAGGUCGCUUUACGUGCUAUCUGCCGCCGACGAGGGACCAGUAUUUUUGAGAUAUGGGUACCUCUUACCGAAGCAGUCACAGCUUAUCAGCACCGAAGUUGCCUCUCUGUGCGGCGAGCUCCGACCUCAAGCCGUCAAUCUCGUUGACGCAUUUGGCAUCCCUCAGGCCUUCCUGGGGCCGAUUGCCUUCGACUGGGUUGAGUACAACUCCUGGAACAACGUGCGAUAAUGCAGCAAAUUCUUAUAAUCCAAGACAGUCAAUGGGUUGAUGAUUGCCGACUUUCAGGCCAGUUUAUCCUCGUCGGCUGCAUCUCAUUGUUCGAAGUAGUGUAGCGUCCAGAUUAGCCCUGUCACUUUUCAAUUACAGACAUGGUGAAUUAGUUUGAACAAGAGUAAUGACACUAUAUGAUAAGGUGUCAUAUCACAGAUACUUGUUUGAGUCAUUUAAUUUGAAAUUUCUCGAUUGCCUCAUCGGUACAAUUGGAGACUUAGCAAUGGAUUGAAGUGAUACUUCA